GCGCCAGAUUUGAAUGUCGGGCGGCAGUUCGCGCCGAGUUGCCUCCUGUGGGUUGAGAGCACCAUCUGGGUUGUUCCCGAGAAGUUUCUCGAAUGAGCGGCGGGCGGCAGCGUACACUGUUUCAGAGCUGGGGCAACAUAGCGCCCCGACCUCGGUCCCAGUCUCAGUCCCAGUCCCAGGGCGGGAGGAGCGCUGAGACCGGGCCUACGGUAACUCCGGCGCCAGAGGAUGGCUUCCAAGACGGGGAGGAUGACGAUGUGCUGCUGGUGGCGGUGUUUGAGGCUGAGCGGUCCUUGGGCAGCCCUAAGCCGGGCUCUGAGAGCCUGCCGCCCGCCUCCUUUCCUGGCUUCGACCUGUCCUCUGGCGAUGUGUGGAUUUACCCGAGUAACUACCCCCUCCGGCCCUACCAGUUCGACAUGGCCCGGGCGGCCCUCUUCCAGAACACCCUGGUGUGUCUGCCCACUGGCCUGGGCAAGACCUUCAUCGCGGCCGUGGUCAUGUACAACUUUUACCGCUGGUAUCCCUCAGGGAAGAUCGUGUUCAUGGCCCCGACCAAACCCCUGGUCGCCCAGCAAAUCGAAGCUUGUUACAAGGUGAUGGGUAUCCCGCAGGAUCACAUGACAGAAAUGACAGGUAAGACACAGGCAUUGAAUCGGCAGAAUAUUUGGAAUGCCAAACGGGUUGUCUUCCUCACACCUCAAGUUAUGAUGAAUGAUCUUUCUCGUGAAGCUUGUCCAGCUGCUGAUGUGAAGUGUUUGGUUGUUGAUGAAGCUCACAAGGCACUAGGAAAUCAUGCUUACUGCCAGGUUGUUCGAGAGCUGUGUAAUUAUACAUGUCAGUUCCGUGUUCUUGCUUUGACUGCAACGCCAGGUAGUGACGUAAAGGCUGUACAACAAGUCCUUUCAAACCUGAUGAUUUCGCAUCUCGAGGUUAGGUCUGAAAAUUCCCUGGAUCUCCAGCCUUAUUCUCACCACAGACAGGUGGAGAAGUUUGUUGUUCCUCUGGGUACUGAGCUAAUUGCUAUCCAGUCUUUAUAUCUAAAGGUCUUGGAAUCAUUUACAGAACGGCUACUUAAGGCUGGAGCCCUAAUUCAUAAAGAUAUAACGACUUUAACCAAAUACCAAAUUGUUCUGUCACGGGAACAGUUUAGAAAAAACCCUCCAGCAAACAUAAUGGGAGCUCAACGAGGUAUGGUGGAAGGAGAUUAUGCUGUUUGCAUUAGUCUUUAUCACGGAUAUGAACUUCUGUUACAAAUGGGAAUGCGAUCAUUAUACUGCUAUUUGGAAGGCAUUAUGGAUGGAUCCAAAGGAAUGACACGAGUGCGGAAUGAGUUGUGCAAAAAUACUGACUUCAGAGAGUUGUAUGAACAGUUGAAAGCUAUGUUUUCAAGUGGAAGCAGCCUUUUUCAUUCACAAAUUGGGUCUGAAAACAGAAAACAAUUCCUCUACAGUCACCCCAAACUAAAAAAGCUUGAAGAGGUUGUCAUGGGACACUUCAAGACUUGGGCUGAAUCUGGAGGUCCAAAAAUAUCUGAAGGAAAGAAUAGUGGUGUAAAUACUCGUGUUAUGAUCUUCUCCUCAUUUCGGGAUAGUGUUCAAGAGAUUGCUGAGAUGCUCAGCAAACAUGACCCUCUGGUGCGAGUCAUGACAUUUGUUGGGCACUCUUCAGGAAAGAACACAAAAGGAUUUACGCAGAAGGAACAACUUGAGGUUAUGAAACGUUUCCGGGAAGGUGGUUAUAACACAUUGGUUUCUACAUGUGUUGGUGAAGAAGGAUUAGACAUUGGUGAAGUAGACCUCAUUAUUUGCUUUGAUGCUCAAAAGAGCCCCAUUCGCUUGGUACAAAGAAUGGGUCGGACUGGCCGGAAGCGCCAGGGCAGAAUUGUGGUUCUCCUUGCAGAGGGACGAGAAGAACGGAACUACAACCAGAGCCAGUGUUCCAAACGAAACAUUUAUAAAACUAUUCUAGGAAAUGGUAACAAGACCUUUCAGCUUUACUCCAAUAGUCCACGCAUGAUUCCUGAUGGUCUAACUCCAGUUGCGCACAAGAUGCACAUAACUACUGGCGAGUAUGAAUCAAGCAGUGUAACAAAGUAUUCAUCAAAAUCAGGAAGAAAGUCUAAUAUUUUACUUCCAGAAUCAUUCACAGUGCACAAAAGCUCAGCAACAAAACCGACCAACUGUAAAGAAGAUGGUUUGUUAACUCCAGAAGAAUUUGAAUCUUGGGACAGAAAAUUCCGGUUGAAAAGUGAAGAUUUAAGAACCCCAAAAUUCAUGCCAAUUUCAUUCGAGUUUGUAAAAGAUGUACCAGAAGCCACGGAACAUGAGAGUGGUGCAAUCAAUGAGCUUUCUCUGUCAGAAUGGAGUCUUUGGCAAAAUCGUCCAUUUGCUACAUAUUUGAUUGAUCACUCUGAUCGCUGCCUGCACUUCAUAAGCAUCAUGGACAUGAUUGAUUUGAUGAGACAAGAAGAGAGCAGUGACAAUUAUUCAUCAGCUAUCAUGCAGUAUUUAAAUGUGGAUGAUAUUUUUGAAGCACCUUGCAUGCAGCAAUGUCAAGUUGGAGAUACUUCUGUGGCAAAUAAUCGGGAUAAAUGUAAAAUGCAUCAAUUAAUGAAACCUAGAUGUGACAGAAAGAAAUGUGUUGAGAAGAGUAGCAUUUUUUGCAAAUUCGCAAGCAAAGCUAAUGUAUGCACUUCUUCUAAGACAAAUAAAAGGACAAAAAUUUUGUGUUCACCAUCUUGUUCUAGAACUGCAAACUCUGCAGAAACCAGAGAAGCUGCAUUUACCAUUAAGGGAAAUACUUCAAAAUCAAGUGAACAGAUCUGUCAGUUGGAGGAAAAAUUUGAAGAGGACUUAAAUGGUGAGAUACAGAAAGCAACUAAGUUUAUUGGGGCAGACAUAACAGAAAUCUUGGAGAGUCCCAUGAAAAUCUGUAUAAAUGUAGAUUCUGCUGGAAGCAAAUCAAUAAGUUCUGAAUACAAAAUUGUUGAUGCAAAGGAGAAAGAACAAAUUAAGUGUCACGAUUAUGAACCAGUAAAAGAUUACAAGGUAAAGGAAGUAGUGGCUGGAACACAUGAUCUGGUUUCCAAAUGCAAUGUUUCAAACUGUGUCAGCUCAGACUCCAGUAACUUAAUUAAUGAAAUGUCAACAAAUGGUAUCAAUCUGUCUAAACUGUUCUAUCUACCGGAUGGGCCCAUAGCUUGGGGCCACAGUUCAGGGCACACAUCUUCAAAUACAGAUUCUCAAAGGUAUUCUUUCUUACCAGAUGUUGAACAUCCUAAUUACGAUUAUGAUGUGCAUGUUCCUACAGGUGUAGAAAUAGUUUUAGAAAGAGUAAAAUCAUUUCUUGCUACCUCUCCCCCUGGACUAGACAUGCUUUCCUUUUGCGAAGAAGUGAAUUAUGAAGAAAAUAAUAUUUCAAAAAUCCCACCAAAAAAUCCUUUAAAUUCUGGCAAAGGAGGCAAUCAAGUUUUCAGUGGUUCACCAACUAAUAUUAAACCAACAGAUUUAGUGACUUGUAGAGAGCCUGAGGAUCUGAGUGAUCAUGUUGGCAUGCAUUGCAGUCCUUCCUGGGAUGAUUUAUUCGACAGUAAAGUUGAAGAACACUUCGAUCAAGAUUAUCAAGCUCAAUCUGGUGUAAAUCAAGAAGAAUUGCCUGAUCCUUUGCGCGAGUAUCAUAACUCCCCUGAUAAAAACAAAAACAGAACCAGUAAAAUCUUCAAGGACUGUAUAAAUGACAAGCUAUUUGCAUUUGAGGAAAGUUUGCCUUUAUUUGAAGAUGAACCAUCAUUUGGCAGCCUUUUGUCCCAGCAUGCUCCCAACUACAAAAAUUUUGCGAUCGGAAAGGAUGUUUCUGAACUGGUGAGGCAUUCUACUGGGUUGAACACACCACUGCUACAUCCCCCAGCAGUUCCUAAUAAUUUAAGAAACCAUGAAACUUGCAGGCCAUUUUUGCAUCACUCAUUUGACAAACAAAUGCUUCAUGAAAAUCUGUGCAUUCAACAGCAUAGAUCAGUGAUUGAUAACAGCAAUAUGUACAAUUGUUCAGAGGAAAUCCUUUCGGUCAACUUUGAUCUGGGCUUUUCAUUUGAAGACUUAAAUGAAAAUAGUGAUAUUUACAACGAAACGACUGAAUUGUCAGAGCAUCAUGCAGUCAAAUCAUCUUCUGAUAACACAGAUAUAAGAAAGACAGAACUAGUUGAAUGUAUCCCUGAGGUUCAGAAAAACCACAACAGCAAGAUUAUUUCAAAAUUAUUUGAAGCAGGGACGAAAGUAAUGAGAGAUUGUUCGACACCAGACUCUGGAAAGCACACACCAUUAACAUCAAGCAAAAUAGAAACCUUGCAUCUUAACAACAUUUGUUGGGCAACACAAGAUUCAGCUCUGCUCUCUCCAAAAUAUCAGUCUGAUCUUCCGGUACCCUCAGCCUUUUCUCCAACUAUUGCAGCUUUUACAACACCAGAAAAAAGGCGGUCGCCUCUCAAACUCUGUAAUAUGACUUGCUGCAACCCACUAUUUAAAAAUGAUCUAGUAAUUAACCAGCACCCUGCACUAAAUGUCACAGAAGUUUUAGUUGAUAAAGGAUCUUUGAAAGAAUCAGCAGCUUCAUCUAACGCUUGCACUGCAAUCCACAGCACACCGAGAAGUGAAAAGUAUGAAAAGAAGUCUGUUAUACAUAAGAAGAAUAUUUUUGGCAAAAUUCUUGAAACAUCUGUUAAUGGUGGGUGCAACAGUGAGAGUGAAGAUGAAGUUAUCAGAAAACCUCGUAAAAGAAUGAAACUUGGUGUUCUGGAAUCACCUGAGGUGACUGGUACCAGUGAGCUCAAUGCUCCUGUUUUACCCAACUGGAAAGCCAGGAAAAUGCUUAAUUUAGGCUUCACAAACUUUGAGGAUGAUGAUUUUAAAGAAACUUCUAACAAGAAUAAGAACAAUGCCAAGUUGUCUAAAAAUAUUCAUCAAUCCCGGAGGGAGCAUGUUGCUCGACAGUUUCUUGAUGAAGAGGCUGAGCUUUCCUCAGAUGGAGCUGAAUAUGUGUCCUCUGAUGAAGAUGAUUACGACAACAUCAACGAUGAUUCUUUGAAAAGUUUCAUCAAUGAUGAAUCGCAGCUUUCACAAGUUAUAAGUGAUGGUGACAUGCAAGAAAUUUACCUGAAGUCCGUACGUAGUCCUAAUAUCUACAAUAAGAAAAAGAUGGUCUUCAGUAAAAAUGAAAUGACUAUAUUUUCACAGAUUCCUGAACAGGAUGAAACCUACAUAGAAGACAGCUUUUGUGUUCAUGAGGAAGGUGAAGCAGAUAAUCAAACUGAAUUAAGUGGUGAUGAAAUUGUGAAUUUUGAUCUCUUGAAUGAUACUCCCAUUGGAAAAAACAAACCGUAUGCAACUAGGAGCAAAUCAAGAACAAAAACUGUUGAAAUAGAAAGUUGUAAAGGUGCCUUGACCAGAAAGAGGAAAGGCAGCCGGAUAAUUUUGUUGAAUGAUUCCAGUGAAGAUGAACAAGAUGUGAAUGUAAACUGUAAAUUGCCAAGAGAAAAUUUAGCACAAAACUACAAAAGUAAACAGACUGUUGAAGAACAAAAUACGUCACGUUAUCCAAACCCGAUCUUAACAGGUGACUGUUAUAGGCAGCGUUUGUUAAAAAUGACUGUACAACAACCAGCGUGUGUUGAUGGGGUUAAACCUUCAGAUCCUUGCUCAGGAAAUAGAUGUCAUGCCAUGCGCUUGAAUCUCCAGGCUUCAGUAUCUGAAGCAUUAGACUUUCAAUUAGAGCAAAAACGUCCAAGGAGGUGUAGUUCAACUACUGUCUCAGAUAUUACAUUGAACUCAAUGCAAGACAAAGGACAAGAUAAAUGCCAUGUGAGCAGACCUCAUUCCAUUAACUCUAUUGAAGCUGCCACAUUUUCAAGAUCAAGUGAAAAUCCAUGCAAAGACAUUCUGGUCAGCAAUCAACGGGCUGUAUCUCGUGGAACAGUUCCACUGAAGGUUCUUGUGGACAGUCGCGAAAUCUGCUCUGGGCCAAACCUGGUCUCCUGUUUACGCAUUAAACACAACAUAAAGGUUGAGAUUUGUAGUCUCAGUGGAUGUGAUUAUAUAGUGAGCAACCGAAUGGUGGUAGAGAGGAAAUCCUUAUCAGAAUUUGCUAAUAGCGUAAAUCGAAGUAAGCUUGUAGACCGGAUCCAGCAUCUUCAGGCCAUGUUUGAACGUGUGUGUAUCAUUGUGGAGAAAGACGGAACAAAACCAGGAGAUAUAGCUAGGAUAUUCCAGAGAACAAGAUACUAUGAUGGGUUGCUAACAUCUCUGACUGUUGCUGGAAUCAAAAUCUUGUUCAGCUGUGGUCAGGAGGAAACAGCUGGUCUGAUUGCUGAACUUGCCCAUGUUGAAAAAAGGAAGAAUGCAGCUAUAACUGUCCCAGUGGAGGUUCAUGGUCAUUGGCAACAAAUUUUACAGUUCUACCUCAGCAUUCCUAACAUCAGUUAUGUAACAGCUUUAAAUCUCUGUCAUCGGUUCAGCUCUGUGAAAGAAGUAGCCAACAGUUCAGUGGAUGAAUUAGCAUCUCGAGGAAAGGUUAGUCACCGCCAAGCUGAAGAAAUCUAUCGAUACUUUCACUAUGUGUUUGAUCGACAAAUGGUACCUGAUCAUCCAGGACUGUCUAACCGUAAACAAAAUGUAUAGCUAUAAAUAUGAUUGGCCUAAUGUGGACCUCUUUAAAUGCACUUUAUUUCUGUAUUGCUUUGCAAUCAAUGUACAAAUUAUGUGAAUAAAAUCUUUCACCGGUAUUUUAUCAGCAUAUUCAAAUGUUAUCAUUCUGACUCUGCCAUCUGACCUUUCAAAGUUCAACAACAGCCUAUAAACCUACUUGAAUUGUUUAACUUACUCAGAUAAACAACUAGUUACAAAAUCCAUUACAUUAAGAGGGGACUUGGUAUCUUUUAGAUUUAAGGUAUGUUUCAUUUUUGCUCAGCUACUUAAAUUGAGUUAAUAUUGAAUUCAAUUAUCAGUAAUUCAAUGAAAAUAUUGUUGGCGGCAUUGAUAUAAAUUUUAAGCAGCAUUGAAAAAUAAUCAUUUGACUAUAUUGGUCUUAUUUAUCCUUAUUUGCAGAUUCUGUCUAAUGGAAAAAAACCCAAAUCAUAAUUUAAGAUUACAAUAAAACAUCGUUUCUGUGAAUUUCUGGAAAAACACUAGUGGUCUCAGCACAUUCACAAAAUUUAAGAUCUGGAAACAGCAUGCAGUUUACAUUAAAAUUGUACUACUUGAUUCAAGUUAUGGAUCAGCCAAUUUGCCUGCAAGAAGUGCCUUGAGUAGUUGUGGAUAGUUAGGUGUACCCCAUCCUGUCACAGGAUCCCAAGACUGGGAAGCACAAAAUCCCUGCCCUUCAGUUUUUUCAUCCAGACAGCCUAAGUGGCAUCCUGUAGUUACCUAAUGAUUUAAAGAUAAA